CCUCUUUCAAUCUUAAAAUGGGAGUCAUGCAUCCUCUUAAAGGUUCAGUGUGUAGGAUUUAGUGCUCUCUAGUGGUGAAGUUGCAUAUCUCAACCAGCUGAGUAUAUAAAGACUGUACAUAGAAAUGGAUUCUGAGUCCAGAAAGUGAAAACAGUGCAGAAGUGUCUGAAAACUGUAUUUGAGUCAAAAGAGACACUAAACCACAGUUCGCAUUGGGGCAUGGAAACCGUGUGACUUUUAGGCUCCUCCCCUUCAUCCUCCAUAUAUGGUUACUUCUUGUUUCAAAACAUCCAAAAUGGUAUUGGCUAAAAUACAAAAUUUGAGUUCAGCAACCGAUGGGCGGACGUCACAGUGGGUAAAAACACAAAAGACUCCGUACAUGACCGUAGAUAUUAAAGGCUCGUUUUAAGGCCUAAUUGUCAGUUAAUUAAAAAGAAAACAAAGUACAUCAGUCAGAUGUGAAUAUAUAUAGCAGUGAGUAUCAAAGACAAACAAGGAUUUGCUGUUGAAGUUAAUGUGAACACACGGGAUCAAGGGAAGUGGCAGAUGUGUUUGUUUCUGUGAGGAAGUGGUGAUGGGCAUCGGAAGCAUAUUAAGCUGAAUAGACAAUUCAGUUAUGCAACAUCAUUGAGCCCGGAACAUCCAAGACGAACUGAAUGAAUAAUAAAAACUUUCUGAGCAAAACCUUACUCAGAACUUUGCAAGCGGAAGUAAUGCUUCAUUCCCACAGCCGCUGAGACAACUAGGUGCAGCACAAGAGCUGAUGUGUCCAGUUAGUUUGUGAGACAAGAGAUCAAUGUUACUCUGAUGAGCACAAAACUGUCAACUCAGUUUUUUAAGCAUUUGAUCUACUCCGAAGACACAAAAUGGUCCUCAUUUCCACUGACAAGCUCCAUUUUGUUCUUUUUUUGUCCAUGGCUCUCCUGAGUCGUCUGCCACUUACAGAAUGUGGUCUAAUUAGGCUGGUCGGGCCCUCACGCUGCUCAGGCAGACUGGAGGUCUUCCACGAAGACAAAUGGGGAACAGUGUGCGACGAUCACUGGAAAAUUGCCAAUGCUGUCGUGGUGUGUCGAGAGUUAGAUUGUGGGACGGCUCUUGAGGCCAAAAAAGGCGCCUUCUUCGGAGAGGGGAAGGAUGAAAUUUGGUUGGAUGAUGUGCAGUGCGUCGGCCAUGAGAGUUCCAUCCUAAAAUGCACCCACAGACGGAGAAGUAACUGUGGCCACAAUGAAGACGUUGGGAUUGUCUGCUCAGAUAAUGUGAGGGUGUUGAACGGAAGCAAUCGUUGUAACGGCAGAGUGGAGGUCCACCAUGAUGGACACUGGAGUCGAGUGUGCAGCAGUGACUGGGGCAGGAACGAAGCUGACACUCUGUGCAGAGAGUUAAACUGCGGAGUUCCUAUCACUCCAUCUGUAGUGCCGCAUUUUGAAGACGCUCAUGACAGGAGUGGCGUCAAAACCUCCUGCUUGGGAAAUGAGAGCAGUAUUGCACAGUGCGGACUUCAAGAACUCAAGGGAGCCUGUGAAGAUGCUGCUGUUUUAUGUUCAGACAGUAAACCAAUUCGACUGAUGAAUGGGACUCAUAGGUGCUCUGGUCGAGUGGAAGUCUUCCAUGACGGCCAGUGGGGAACAGUUUGCGAUGACAGAUGGGGGAUAAACGAGGCCUUCGUUGUAUGCCGAGAGAUGGGCUGUGGCAAUCCCCUCGGGGUCAGGUACAAGGCGUUCUACGGGACUGGCCCCGAUCCGAUAUGGAUGGACGAUGUUGAGUGCAACGGUCGUGAGAAGUCGCUCUCUGAGUGCACUCACAAACAAUUUGGAGACAACGACUGCUCCCACAGUGAAGAUGCUGGUGUUGAAUGCUUAGAGAAUCUCAGAUUGGUCGAUGGGACGGACCAAUGCUCCGGCCGAGUGGAGGUCUUCCACAGUGGCCGAUGGGGGCCAAUUUGUAAUAAUGACUGGGGCGUUAGAGAAGCUACGCUGGUGUGCAAGGAAGUUCAGUGUGGGGCUCCCAAAAAAUCCCAAGAAGACAAUUUUGGUCAGAGUGGAAUGAGAGGGUUCACAAGUUCAUGCUCUGGAAAUGUGAGCUCUAUCGGCCAGUGCAACCUUCGUGAGUCGGGGACAUGUGAUGGUGUUUCUCUGUCAUGCGCAGGUAGCGGACAAUACAGGCUUGUCAAUGGCACUAACCGAUGCUCUGGCAGAGUUGAGAUUCUGCAAAAUGGCGCGUGGGGAACAGUGUGCGAUGACGAGUGGGACCUCAGAAAUGCUCAGGUGGUGUGCAGAGCCAUGGACUGCGGAACAGCUCUGGCCCCCAAAGCUAGUGCCUACUUUGGUCCAGGCCAUGGAGAAAUCUGGCUGGAUGAUGUCAAGUGCAUUGGGAAUGAGACGUCCCUUUUCCACUGUCAACAUGCCAGCGUAGGAGACAAUAACUGUGGCCAUGAGGAAGAUGCUGGUGUGAUUUGUUCAGCUACCAUUAGACUGAUCAAUGGGACUGACCAGUGCUCAGGCAGGGUGGAGUUCAGCCAUGGUGACCAUUGGGCUCCAGCAUAUAACCUUAACUGGGGAAUGAAUGAAGCUACAGUGGUGUGCAGAGAGAUGAAUUGUGGAGAUCCUGUCAGGGCCACGGGGUCAUUUGGUCAAGGCACCGAUAUGAGAGGAUAUAAGAUCAGCUGUGGUGGUCUAGAGAGCUCUAUCACACAGUGCACGCAGAGACAAUAUGUCAGGACGAGCUACGAUAGCGUUGAAGAGGCAGCUGUCCAAUGUACAGGCAGUGUCAAAUUGACCGGUGGGACCACUCGUUGUGUUGGAAAAGUGGAAUUUUUCUACAAAGGCCAGUGGGGGACUGUGUGUGGUCAGUCUUGGGACACGGUUGAUGCUGCAGUGGUGUGCAGGCAGCUGGACUGUGGCGGGGUUCAUAAGAUUUCCACCUUCACUGAAUAUGGACACAGCACUGGACACACCUGGACCGAUCAAAUUGGAUGCAAUGGACAGGAGUCUACCCUGAAUCAGUGCACACAAACCCCAUUUCCGCACAAAUCCUGCAACAUCACCUCAGUUGCCGGUGUUGUAUGCACAGGAAGUUUGGAGGUCCGGUUGGCCAACUCCAAGGACCAGUGCUCUGGCAGAGUAGAGGUCCGUCACGGGACCGUGUGGCAAACCGUGUGCGACGCAGACUGGACCCUGAGUAAAGCCGAGGUGGUGUGUGGGCUGCUGGAGUGCGGACGUGCCGUGAACAUAUACGGUGCCGCCCAUUUUGGCCAAGGUGGAGGACCAGUAGUGGAGGCCAGCGAUGUGUGUUUUGACAAUGUGACAUAUCUUCGGCAGUGCUCAAACAACGGUUUCAGAGCAUCAACAUGUGGGCAUGAUCAUGAUGCUGGCGUUAGUUGUGCAGCACCGAUUCGUCUGGUCGGUGGCUCUGGUGAAUGCUCGGGUCGAGUAGAGGUUCUCUAUAAAGCCGAAUGGGGAACAGUGUGUGAUGAUGAAUGGGAACUGCCCAAUGCCGAUGUGGUGUGUCGACAGCUUGGCUGCGGUCAUGCAAUUUCUGGUCCAGGAAGUGCUCACUUCGGUAGAGGCUCUGGUCCAAUAUGGUUGGAUAACGUGGAGUGUACAGGCACAGAGACGGCUCUGACACACUGUACACAUCAUGGGUUUGGAGAAAAUAACUGUGGGCACGGUGAAGAUGCUGGUGUCAUAUGUUUAGGUUCUCUACAGAAACCCCAGAUCUCCAUAAGUCCUCGGUCAGAGGUAAGCUGGGGUGACAGAGUCGAAAUCACCUGCACGAUCGUAACAGAGCACAUGGGUGGGACAUUCAUCCUGAAGACGAUUCAAGGAUCGUUUAAAAUGGAAAGAUUCUCAGAAAAUGAAGCGGCAACCUUUGCCUUCCCCGCUGUGGAAUUCAGCCAGAAGGGGUCAUACUUCUGUGAAUAUCAGAAGAAACUGGUCGGUCAAGUCAUCUAUUAUCCUCAAGGAACUACUGCAGAGCUCUCUGUUACCGUGAAACUGGAGACCCCUUCCAUCUCGCUGACUUCCCCUCACGCGAUGGUGAUCUACAGCCCUGUCAAAAUAUCAGUCAACCAAGGCAGCGACAUCUCCAUCACUUGCUCUGUUCAUUCCAAAUAUCCCGAAGGUGUCUUUUACCUGGCAAGGUCCAACGGGAAUGCCACUGAGAUGAAGCCAGCAUUUGGACACUCUGUCUUCUACCUGGCAUACUUUGAAUUUCCCGCAAUAGAUUUUAUAAACCAAGGAGACUAUAGCUGUGUCUACGCUGUUAACCUCUCGUCUAUUUCCUUCAUUUCCACGCCAUCAAAGUCCCUUCAAGUUACUGUUCUUGCAUCUUCAUCAUCAUCGGUUGUCACAGGAGUUGCGGUCAGUCUAGUGGUGUUGCUAAUUAUGCUGGUUGUAGGCUACCUGGUCUGGAGAAGGAGAUGGCGCGGAGCUGGCACCACGGUUCAGUUUAGUAACAGGUUUGGCGGAGCGAUAAAACAAGAUGCAGAUGACAGAAGCAACGGAGCACUCAGUGGCAGGGGCCACAACACCCUGGUGAAUGAUGGACCUGCUGCACGCGCUCACGGCUCGGAGGACAAGAGUGUGGAUGGGGAUUUUGAUAACUCUGUGGAAAAAGUCCCUGAAGACCUGGCUGGGAGAGUGUGUUACGAGCUCGAACCACUCGUCAGCUCAUGAUAACAAAAUGACUCGAGGGGAAACCUGCGUCGUGUGGUUUCGAUAGAUUUGAACACACAACGUCGUUCUAAAAAAAAGCAGUGUUACUCUGUGCAGGUUGCACUUCUGUUGCACCUGUAUCCAGAGCUAGCAGUGAUGUUACAGUGUACUGAUACACGCUGGGGUACACGUCUACAUCACAGCAGCAAAAUUUAGAUGUUUUUCAGAAAAAGAAACAAUCAGCUGGUGUUAUGUUGCUCUUACAGUCAGACCAUAGGAACAUUAAGGUUAAUUAUGUUUUUAAUCCUCAUUUUACUAUUACAAAUUAUUUAGAAAUGUACCAACUUCAUAUUUUCUCAAAUAAAUGCUUUCUUCUUCAAAUGUAGUUUCCCUAUAAUACAUAUUUUCAUCUUGUUGAAGCGAUUUUAAUUUUUCCGGUAGAUGCUGCCAAUCACAAAUCAGUUUCAUGUCUUUUUCACUGCAGGGAAAUUCUCCCUCUGUAUUAUUAUUUGUUUUUGUGUAGAUGCUGAUCAAUAAAUGUAAUUUUCUUGCAA